GGUUUUAAAAUAUAGUACAGAAUAAGGAAGGUUUUUUGUCUCAGUUGAAAUGGGUAUCUGCAUAUCCAUUGGAUCUCCAGAGAUUCAUGAGACUGACGAUUGCCAAGAAAAUGUGGUGUACUAUGAAGAGAAAAUUGCUGCUGCUGAUGAAACUCAAAGGCUUGGUUCUAUUUGUUCUCAUCAAGGAAGCAGAGAGUCGAACCAAGAUGCUGCAAUUCUCUACCAGGGCUAUGGAAUGGAAGAUGGAGCUUUCUGUGGAGUGUUCGAUGGCCAUGGAAAGAAUGGUGAGAUAGUGAGCAAGCUAGUGAGAAACCGGUUGCCCUUGCUGCUGCUCAACAGAAAAAAUUCUCUCACGAAGAUCAGUUCUGCUCAUAAUCAUAAUGAUGAAGAGGAGGGUGGAAUGGUGCCAAACAAGGACUUGUAUAAAUGGAAAGAUGCUUGUAUAAGUGCCUUCAAGGUGAUGGACAAAGAGAUCAAACUUACCGAUAACUUGGACUGCUCUAGCAGUGGAAGCACCGCGGCUGUUGUCGUAAGACAGGGUGGAGAUAUUGUUGUUGCAAAUCUUGGAGAUUCCAGAGCAGUGUUGGGAACAAUGGCCGAGGAUGGAAGACUCGUGGCUGUUCAAUUGACUACUGAUUUGACGCCUGAUUUACCAUUGGAAGCAGAUAGAAUAAGGAAGAGCAAUGGCCGAGUACUCGCCCUGAAGGAGGAGCCACACAUCCUGAGAGUGUGGCCGCCCCAUGAGGGCUCCUCAGGCCUGGCCAUGUCUCGAGCUUUCGGGGACUUCAUCCACAAGAACCAUGGUGUAAUUGCCAUCCCCGAGGUCUCCUAUCGCCGUCUCACUGCCGAGGACCUGUUUCUUGUUGUUGCCAGUGAUGGGGUAUGGAGUGUGCUGAGCAACAAUGAAGUGGCAUCAGUGGUUUCGGCGGCAGAGAGCGAAGAGGCAGCCGCAAGAGCAGUGGUAGAAGCUGCAAUUUACGCGUGGAAACAGAAGUUUCCUCGCUCGAAGAGGGAUGACUGCACUGCAGUCUGCCUCUUUCUGCAGAAGAGCCAGAGCCUGAGGCAGAGGCAAGACUCGUGUUAGAAGAAAUGCAUAACUCAAAACUCAAUAUGUUGUGUUGCUUCGAAUGAAUUAUAUAUGACUGCCAUAUAAAGCUAUUUAUAAAGAGCACUGUAUAGGUCAUAAACCUAAGGGAUAAAGUAAGCCCAUCAUGUAUAUAAUCGAGAGUUGAACUGAGGAUUCUAAACAAAGAUAAACAUAGAGGUGAACCCCAUUCAAACUUGAUUUGAUUUUACUCUUCAAUGCCUUAGAUGGGAUGGCUCAAGCUGUUGGCUUGGCCUGCCAUGUUCUUAGUUGAAAGCACAACACUCUUUUUCUUUUAAGCCUAAACAAACUGAUUGGAUCUGAAAUCUUUGUUUGGUU